AUGAAUCCCUUCCCCACGUUGAAAGUGGGCCUUGUCGGAACGGAUGAUGCAUCCGCGGAUGAGCCAUCCGACGCCUGCGAUAUCGCUGGGUGGCCACUCGGAGUCACGAUCCUAAUUAUUGACAAUCAGAAUUUUAAUUUGAACGUCCCAAAGAAGUUGAUUCUCUCAGACUCUGAUGUUUCGAACAUCCUCCUCAACCUCUCCCCCGAACAAUGCAGGCAACUCAUAUCCUCUUUAGAAGAGGCAUUGAAGAAUUACGCGUCUGAUCAGGUUUCAUCUGAACAGAAUAUAUUACGCCAGCCACACCGCAGCAGUAUCGUCAACAAAUUAAAUGAUACCACGCUGGUGAUGCCUUCGUCGGAUACUACGAACACAGCCGUCAAGGUCGUCACAUUACCCCAGAAUGGCCCCGCGACAGGAGCGAUUACAGUCAUGGAAAGAAGCGGUAGGCUUUUCAGAAUGCUUAGUGCCGCUCAAGUCACCGCAUUCCGCACGGCAUUGGCCGUCAUGAGCCUCUACGCACAGGUGGACCAUAUCUCCAAGAAGAACAUCGUGUGUUUCGGUUCUGGGAAGCAAGUCCAAUGGCACAUUCGUCUGGCCCUCUUACUUUCGCCUCUCGAGAUAGAAAAUAUCACAAUUAUCAACCGCGGCAGAUCACGUUUAGACCAGCUGGCCGAAGACACAAUUCCUCUUCUUCGCGCAAAAUACCCACAUGUGAACUUUCAACUCAUCGCCAAGUAG